CGUGCUAAUAGUACAGACUCUUAUUUUGAAAGCCAAAAACUUACCGGAAUUACAUGCCCUUGUCUUGUCUGCCUGCUCUGGACUCCAGGUCCAGGGUUCUGGACUGUUAAACCAAACAGGACCGCUCUGCUUAAAUGUCAACUUUAGCUAAAGCGAUGUCCAAGUUCCGGCUGGCUGUGGUCCAGCUGCAGGUGACCAGCGUCAAGGCGGACAACCUGAGCAGAGCCCGGAGGCUGGUGAAGGAGGCUGCGGGUCAGGGCAGCAAGGUGGUGCUGCUGCCGGAAUGCUUCAAUUCUCCAUAUGGAACCGGCUUCUUCGCUUCAUAUGCUGAGAGGAUCCCAGGAGAGUCGACUCAGGUGCUGUCAGAGGCAGCGAAGGAGAAUAAGGUGUAUCUAGUGGGAGGAUCCAUCCCUGAAGAGGAUGGCGGGAAGUUGUAUAACAGCUGUACAGUGUUCGGGCCUGAUGGAGAGAUGAUCCUUAAACACAGGAAGAUUCACCUCUUUGACAUCGACGUCCCAGGGAAAAUCCGCUUCCAGGAGUCUGAGACGCUGAGCCCAGGCGACAGUUUCUCAGUGUUCGAAACACCGUUUUGUAAAGUGGGUGUGGGGAUCUGCUACGACAUGAGGUUUGCGGAGCUCGCACAGCUCUACAGCAGGAGAGGCUGUCAGCUGCUUGUCUACCCGGGAGCCUUCAACAUGACGACUGGUCCAGCCCACUGGGAGCUCCUGCAGAGAGGAAGGGCGCUUGAUAACCAAGUGUACGUGGCCACAGCGUCUCCUGCCAGAGAUGAAACCGCUUCAUACGUCGCCUGGGGUCACAGCACUGUUGUCAGCCCAUGGGGAGAAGUGAUCUCAAAGGCCGGACCAGAGGAGGCCGUUAUUUACGCUGAUAUCGACCUGCAGUAUUUAGCCGACGUCCGGCAGCAGAUCCCGAUCACAGCUCAGCGUCGGGACGACCUCUACACGGUAACAACUGUGAAGGAAGGAUCGAGCUGAUCACUGCGACCUCGAGAGAAAGAAGGUUUGAAGGAAACCGACACUAACUGUGCAACAGAGUCUCCCUGAAGCACGAGACUUAAUUGUUUUAAUUGUGGGAAACGGAGAUGCAGCCUGAGUGGUCGUUGAUUCACCGAUGCCAACAUUGUUUGGGCAAGACGACACCGCUCACCUCCUGAGGACGGGACUGUGAUUUGUUCAGUGUAACGUCUGAAUCGUUGAUCAGUAGAGAAUUUAUUACGAUUUUGCUAAGCAGUUCAUUUUUUAUAUAAUUUUUGAAGUAAAACAAAACAUUUUCCGGUUCAAGCUUCUCUAAUGUGGCAAUCAGCACCCUUUAAUGAUUCACGUAUUGAAUUGAAUCUUUGAUGUUUCUUGAGCAAAAAAAAAUGCUCCAUUCAAAGAAACUUUUUGGCAAAUGAAAGAUUGAACUGAAUGUGGCUCGAGAUGUUUCAAAUGUAGAAAGUAUCAUGGUCGUCACUACUGCAGUGGAAACAAUUAACAGAUCUGUAAAUAAAUGAAAUAAAACAG